AAUUAAUAUGCUACACAUUGUAUGUAUGUAAGACCACGUUAAAUCGGAGGUAUUAAAUCAUGUGUGUGUGCAAUGCAUAAAUAAAUAAAUAAAUAUAUGAGCCAUCCAAACUUCGGUAUUAUUUUUACUUAGGGACCUGUCACAUUUAUGCUAGAUAAACAGGGGAAAUUGAAAUAUAAGUUCGUGUGAAUAUUUGGAUUGCAUUGUAAAUUAAAAUUACUGGUAAAAUUUUAACGUGUCUGCCUUCGCAAAUAUAUACACAUGGCGUAUUAACAUUGAAAUCAAACCUGAUAUAAAAGGGAUGUAAAAACAGUUAAAGUGACAUAAUCACUGCUGCAAUUCACAUCUGGGAUAAUCAUCCGCAUAGAAAUGAGUACUCCAUACGUUCAAACCGUUAAUACUAACAUCCUAGGAGAAGGGCCCCAUUGGCGAGCUUCCACAGGAGACCUGUACUACGUCGACAUCGGAAGGAACGCUGUCCACCGAUACAAUCCUGCAACCGGGCAGAACACCAAAGUCAAUAUAGGUGGCGCAUGGGGAGUUUCCCUAGUAAUCCCGGUGGAAGGGGAGAAUAACCGAUUUGUUAUUUCCAACGGUCACGACCUCCAGUUCAUGGUAUGGGAUGGAAUUUCUCCAGAACCCAGUUCCCUCACCACGUUCGCAUCCGUGGAACCAGAAUAUCCUCAAGCAAGAUGGAAUGAUGGCAAGUGUGACAGUAUGGGACGACUAUUUGCAGGAACAUCAUCCGAAACGGGUCAACCUACUGGAGCCCUUUAUCGAAUUACCCAAGGCGAGGUAUCCCGAAUGGUGGUGGGUAUCACAAUAUCCAAUGGGAUUGCCUGGAACAGCUCCAACACGCUCAUGUACUACAUUGACACGCCGACGAGGAGAGUAGACGUGUUUGACUAUGACAUCACAACUGGAAAUAUAUCAAAUCGGAGACCACUUUACGACUUUGCAGCCAUGGGCGAAAACGGUGAUCCUGAUGGAAUGACGAUUGAUGCUAAUGGGAACUUGAUCGUUGGGUGUUGGGGCGGGUCAAAGAUGAUCCACAUUAACCCCGUAACAGGGCAGAAGAUUCGCACAGUUAAUUUCCCCACUAGUAACAUUACCUCGGGUGCAUUUGCAGGUCCAAAUUUGUCCACGUUGUACGUUACCUCAGCAAACGUUGGGUUGAGCGAAAUUGAGCUAAAUUCUCAGCCUGCGGCAGGUUCUCUAUUUCAAGUCACAAAUUUCGGCGUAACUGGUCAAGCCGCAGGAAAUGCGUAUAGACCAUAACACUCAAGAUGAAGAAUCCACCGUCAUGAUGAUAAUAGUAAUUAUUUAUUAUUUUAGUUUUGACUCUUCCAUAGGCAACUUUACAAACAGCAGCGGCUUGUGGUGAUUGAGGGGGCUGGGGUCGCAUAUCUUUUAUUAGUUACCAAAAAAUAAAAAUAUGUAUUACCAACUAUGAUUACCAACAAUGGAAAUGAUUUUUAUUGACAAUAAAAAAAGGAUUGCAAACUUGA